AAGUCUGUUCCAACCUAGCAACAGACGAGUCCAAGUGCAAACACAAAUACACUGAGAGCAUAUCGACUUAUUACACUUGGAAGUGAAAAUUUAAAUUUAUAGCUAAAAUGACAACUGUGCGCCGAGCCCUGACAGGAGGGGCGAGAGAAAGGCAGUUAGAGAACAUGAGAAGACAAGAAGAUUAUCGGGAAGACACGAUUCGUCGCUUACACGAGGAGAAAAGACUCGAGGCUAACAUGAGCAAUGAGGAGCGUAUCUCAGAGAAACGUUUUAUCAGGCGGACUAUGAUGGAGCAGAAGGAAAGGGAAAUGGAGGAGGCAAUCCUAAAGGCCCAGAGAGAUCGCUUGAUCAGAGAAGAACAGUUACUUCAUGAAGAAAGACUGGCUGCAGAGCUGGAGAAACGGAAACUAGAUUCCAUCAGGGACGAGAAAAUGAGACAACAGAUCAGAGAAACAAGUCUAGAGUUGAGAGAACUAGAAGCAAAGUUACGAUCAGCCUACAUGAACAAAGAAAGAACAGCACAGAUAGCCGAAAAAGAAGCUCUCAAGUUUGACAAAAUGAAACGAGAUUCAGAGAUAGCGCAUGAAAUGAAGAUGCAGCACGAUCGAGCCGAAGAGGCGGAGAGACAGAGAGAGAUCGAGAAAUACCGGGAACAGAUCCGCUACCAACAGGAACUGGAGCGACAGUUAGAGGAACAGGAACAGAAAAAACAACAGGCCUACGAAGAGUUCCUCAAGGAGAAACUCAUGAUAGACGAGAUCGUACGCAAGAUCUACGAGGAGGAUCAAAGGGAGAGAGAGCUUACAAUGUCCAAGAAGAAGGCCACCCAGAAAUACAUCCAGGAAUUCAAACAAGCACGGGAGGAAUGGAAGGUCCUGGAGAAAGAGAGAAUGGAGGAAGAAAACCGCAAAAUUCUACAGUUCUCCAAACUCCAGGAGGAGAGAGAGAACGCCCGCAUGGAGAGCAAGAAACAGAAGGAGGAGGCCAUGGCCAGAGUACAGCACGCGCUGGCAGAGGACAUCUCAGCGAAGGAGGCGGCCCGAGAGGAGAUGGAGAGGAUCCGACUGGAGCUGUACCUCGAGGAGCAGGAGGAGAAAGAGAGGCAGAAAGAAAGGGAGGAUAUGGAGAAGAGGAUCCGCCAGAGACUGGAGUUACAGAGCACACACGCCCAACAGAUGCACUUCAAGAAUCUCCGCAGGAAGGCGGAGGAGGACGAAGAAGAGGAAUUCAGGCAACAGAUGAUGGCCAAAUUUGCGGAGGAUGACCGCAUAGAACAGAUGAAUGCUAACAAGCGGCGCAUGAAGCAGUUGGAACACAAACGGGCGGUGGAAAAACUGAUCGAUGACAGGAAGGCGCAGUUUGCCGCCGACCGCGAGAGGGAACUCGAGGAACGCCGUGAGGAGGAGAGGAUGGAGGCCUUCAGGAAACAGAUCAUUGAGGAAGAGAGGCAGAAACUGCUACAGGAGCACGCCAUGAGACUCCUAGGAUACCUACCAAAGGGUGUGAUCCGAGAUUCCGGAGAUCUAAGCAUGCUAGGUUCCGAAUUUAAGGAGGCAUACAGCAAGCGUCAGAUCGAUCCCUUUGAUGAUGAAGCGUGGGACCAGCGUCGGUAGGGAAUUGACCAAUCAAAUUAGGCAACUGUGAUAAUGAAUUAUUUUUAACCAAUGCCGUCCAUCGUUACACUGCUGUCUGACUUGUUUAUGGUAGAAUGUAAAAUUUAAAUUUUAUAUUAGAUUGUCAGGUGAUGUUACUAUUUUACAGCAGUGGGGGUAUUCCAUUUAUUACUAUCUGUUUUUAUACAGAAAAUUAUCAAGAGUGAAUGUGUGAGAAAAUGUGAAAUGUGUUGUGUAUGAGGGACUUGUAAUGUGAAAUUUUUUGCUGUCUUGUUUUGCCCAGGAAUAGUUGAAUAAUUAUUCAAUGGUUGUAUAAUAUUGGUCAGAAAACACAUUUACAUCAUGUAUAAUGCAUUUCAUGAUAUGUGUAUCUGUAUAUUCUGCUAUGCAGUAUUUUUCUGAAUUUUAUUGUGAAUACAUGUACAGUAUACAAAAGAGUAAGGUGUUACUAUUAAGUUAUUCGCUUAUUAUUACUCAAUGAAGUGCUAAGAUUGAUUAAUAAUAUACAUGCGUGAGAAGAAAAAAACACAGUCAGUCGAAGAAACAUUAUAUAUUUCUGCAACUCUUUGUUUCGUUCCCUAUUCCUUUUAUUUUUAGCCAGAUAAUAUUUCAUUAUAAAGGUGUUCUGUAUUUCAUAGGAUUAAAAUAACUAUAAAAUUUCUUUUGUAUAAAAUCAUGCCAAUUGAACAGUUAAAUAACUUCUG